AUGAUGACCGCCAGAUUGCAGUACCUCCAACAGCAAAAGCAGCAGAAAGCCAAAGCGUCAUACAGUAGUAAUCAAGCGACUGCCGCACAAUUAUCAAUGCCGAACCCAUGCCUCCCAGCCUCUACGACAAACUUCCCUGCCGCUCAGCUAUUCACAGCACCUGCGGUUGCAAGGGCUCGUAAGACGGAAUUCACGAAUCCAGCAGAGCAAGUGGUGAUUCGGAAAGUGUCGCAGUACUCGCAUCCACAGAAUCACAAUAGGAACACUCAAUCAGCAGCAUUCAACUCGCCGAUGUUGAUCAGCAAAGCGCAACUACUUAAUAACCAGCACGUGGAGCCACUGUAUGAUGAGAAGCUGGAUAAUAAUAACACAGCGAGGUGCCUCCUGGCACAGUCGACAGCGCAUAAUGUGAGUCUCACUUAA